AUGCUGCGAGGCGUUCAAGGAUUCUGCUGUCUGGCGGUUCUGGUGGCGUUGGCCGCCUGCAGCGCACCUCUGGUUCCGUUAGACGACAUAGUAAUUGAGAAGACUUUCGUCCCGGAGAAGUGCACGCGCGCCGUCAAAGUGGGUGACUACGUCCGGUACCACUACAACGGCAUGUUCCCGGACGGCAAGAAGUUCGACUCCAGUUACGAUCGCGGCAGCACCUACAAUGUGUUUGUGGGCAAGGGGCAGCUGAUCCAAGGCAUGGACAAAGCUCUGGUGGGCAUGUGUGUCAACGAAAGACGACUGGUCAAAAUUCCACCGCAACUCGCCUACGGGAAGAAAGGAUACGGUGACAUCAUCCCAGCGGAUGCCAUCCUCCAUUUUGACGUGCUGCUGCUGGACGUGUGGAACCCUGAGGACGGCGUGCAGAUCAAUACAUACCACACCCCCACCGUCUGCUCCCGCAAGGUGAUGGUGUCCGACUAUGUGCGCUACCAUUACAACGGCACGCUGCUCGACGGGACGCUGUUUGACUCCAGCCACACCCGAAUGCGGACGUACGACACCUACGUGGGCAUCGGCUGGCUGAUCGCCGGCAUGGAUCAGGGCCUGCUAGGAAUGUGCGUGGGCGAGAGGCGCAUCAUCACCAUGCCACCUUCGCUCGGUUAUGGCGAGAAUGGAGACGGUAGCGACAUUCCUGGUCAGGCAUCCCUGGUCUUUGACGUUGUCCUGCUGGAUCUGCACAACCCCAGCGACGGCAUCACCAUCACCAACCAGAAGGUGCCUGAGUCGUGCCCGCGUAAAUCGGUGGAAGGAGACUUUGUGCGCUACCACUACAACGGCAGCCUCCUUGACGGAACCUUCUUCGACUCCAGCUAUUCUCGUAACCGCACAUACGACACCUACGUGGGUCGCGGCUACCUCAUCGCUGGCAUGGACGAGGGUCUUAUCGGCGUGUGCAUGGGCGAGAGACGAACCGUCACCAUCCCGCCCCAUCUGGCCUACGGCGAGGAGGGCACCGGCUCGAAGAUCCCCGGCUCGGCCGUGCUGGUGUUCGACGUGCACAUCAUCGACUUCCACAACCCGUCGGACAGUGCUGCGGUCACAGUCACGAGCAAGCCGGACGCUUGCGACAAGCUGACCAAGAAGGGCGACUUUGUCAAAUACCACUACAAUGCCACGCUCAUGGACGGCAGCCCUAUUGACUCCACGUACAACUAUGGGAAGACGUACAACAUCGUACUGGGUGCCAACCAGGUCGUCCCCGGGAUGGAGGAGGGGCUGCUAGGAAUGUGCGUGGGGGAGCGGAGGCACCUGGUAGUCCCACCGCACCUCGGAUACGGAGAACAAGGAGUUAUCGACGAGGUUCCUGGCAGUGCGGUUCUGGUGUUCGACAUCGAGUUGAUGGACAUGGAGGACGGCCUUCCUGAAGGCUACAUGUUCAUCUGGAACCAGGAGGUGAGCGGCGACCUCUUCACCGAGAUGGACAGCGACAAGAAUGAGCAGGUGGAACAUACUGAGUUCAGCGACUACAUCCUACGCCAAGUGAGUGAAGGCAGAGGCCGCCUGGCGCCCGGUUUCGACCCGCAACGCAUCAUCGACAACAUGUUUAACAACCAGGACCGCGACAGCAACGGCAAGAUCACCGCCGCGGAGUUCAGGCUCAAAGCCGAUGAAGCCGCCUCGCACGACGAGCUAUGA